UUUUGAAAUUGGAGUUCAGCGUGGAGCAAUAUUGAACGGAGCAGCCUGGAGCUACUUUGAGCAAAGGGAAAGAACAGCUCCUUGAGCAAGGAGUAGGAAUUCUCACUGCUCCACUCCAAUCACAUGCUCAGCUAGCCCAUGAUGGGAAGCUUUGGCCAAUCACAAGACAAUCUACAACCUCCUUACAAAAUGGUAUUUCCUUUCCCCCCCCCAUUUUAAAACAUGUUAAAAUUACAAAUAUGUGACAUUUAAAGUGACACAAUGAGGACAUGAGUCUGUAUCUAUGAUGGUGAAAUCAAUCCACUCGCCCCAUACAGAUACAUCCAUGAUACAGACAGCCAUGCCAGUACUGGAGGUGACCUGCAGCCUGAUUGGCUGGUUCUCUCUGUACCUGCUGUUCUGCUGUAUCUUCAAUCACCGGGGGCCCGAAUGGAACUGCCGGUUGGUCACUUUAUCCCAUGGUGUUACGAUAGUACUGCUGACAGCAUACGUCCUCUUCAUAGACGGACCCUUGCCUUUCACGCAUGCAGGUACAGAAAACACUGAGCUCCAGACCUCGUGCCUGGCUGUCUGCCUCGGCUACUUCCUUUUUGACAUGGGUUGGUGUGUACGCUACCACUCCGAGGGCCCCGUCAUGCUAGCCCACCACACUGGGAGCAUUUUGGGCAUCCUGCUCGCCCUGUUAAUGGGAGUUUCCGGCUGCGAGACCAGCGGAGUCAUUUUCGGCAGCGAGAUUACCAACCCCCUGCUGCAGACCCGCUGGUUCCUCCGCCAACUGGGCCUGUACGACAGCCUGCUGGGCGACGCCGUGGACCUGCUUUUUAUUUUAUUGUUCGCUACGGUGCGUGUGGGAGUCGGGACGGUCAUGUUUUACUGCGAGCUCACCUCUCCCAGGACCACGCUGAUAAUGAAGCUUGGCGGCGUGGCCAUGUACGGACUAGCCUGGGUGUUCAUGGUGGACAUAGCUAGAUUUGGCUACAAGAAAAGUAGUGUGAAGUAUAAAAGGUGGCGCGAGAACCACAUACUGAAAGAACUCAACGCACACAAACUGGAUGGACAAGAGUAACUGAAGGAAUUCAUUUAAAAAAAUGUGCUCAUCUGUCUACAUCACAUGUGCAGGCACGAAACAAAACCACGACAAGAUAUUCUACUUCAGUGGUAGUAGAAUGUAGAACAAAGUAGCUAGCAUUUAAGCAUAGACUGUUAAAGAAAUGGACUGACAGAUCCCGUUGCUCUGGACGGAGACCAGUGAAGGAUAUUAGCACUUUUGCGGGGAAAGCUGAGCGUUAGUGCGCAGCCUCCAACUGAGCUCGACGACGUAGAUGUGACGUAAGCAACCUGUC